GGGAUGAGUUUUUGCGGGCCAAUUACUGUGAAUUUUUGGAAGUAAAUUGUGCAUUAUAACGAAUACACCGCCCACAGACGUCCACGGCUGGACAUAGGCUUCCUCCAAGUCUCACCAAAACGAUCGAUCCUGCGCUGCUUACAUCCAGUAGAUCCCCGAGAAUCUUAUUGGAUCGUCAGUGCAUCUUGUGAGAGGCCUACCCAUGUUACGUCUCCCGGUACGCAGUCGAACUCGAGAACUUUGCGGUCCCAACUACACUUAAAGUCGCAAUCCUUUUGGCUAUGUACCCCAACUUGAAUAGCAUAAAAAUAUCUACGGAAGAAAAAAAUAUAUUAAAUCUCACGACCAUUAUCUCACAAUAAUAGAUUAAUUACAGGAUGUGAUCUAAGUUGUCAGGGUUUGAUUUACUCUGCUGGGAUCUGAUGGUCUACGGGGCUUGCUCUCGGUUGCUUUCUGCUCUGCCAUAAAAUCUUUAAAAAAAAAGGUCUUAUUAAACUAUGUACAACGCAAGAUAAUUGAUUAUGGAUGAUAACAACGAAGAAAUAUUAGGCUAUUCAACUAGACAUGCUCUGAUCAAAUUACGCAACGACAUUAGCGGCGUGAUUGAAGAAUAUAAAAAGAAGAUUCCCACUGGAUUUCGCUUGGCACGUGAUAUUAUUUCGUUUUCAUCAGAGAAGGUUCUACUUUCGGGUGUUGCAUACACAAUUACAUUGAUUUACAUAGUAUGCCUAUUAUUAACAUACCUAUUUGGGGUCUCAGUACAGGCCCAUGCAUAUCUGUUAUGGGAGGCUUUUUUUCUAUUAAUCAUAUUAAUAAUUAACUUUUUGGUGGCAUUUAACGAAGAAUAUUUAUAUCAAAAUGAAAUACCUCAUAGAGUAAAAAAAGUGCUGGAAACAAUGACUAACGCUAUCAAUAGAGUGAAAUGGAAAGAAGAAUAUUAUCCUCACCUAUGUGCACCAUAUUCGCCGUGUGUAACUUUACAAUGGACAUACAGAGAUGGUACUAUAGUCAAUUUACCAUGGGCCUUACUGGUGGAAGGAGAUGUAAUAGUACUAAGGCCCGGACAAGAAGUACCCGGACACUGUAAAGGACUGCAACCCAAUGACCCGGAAUUGUUCUUCGGACAGACAUAUCAGCCGAACUCUCAAAAUAAAGAACAUUGUACAAUUCCACAUAUAAGGGUACCUCAUCAGAACAAAGCUUACAAGAUGUGCGAGACGCCUUACUUGAAGAAUCUAAAGAUGGCACUCGAACAAGCAACAACCAGGCCGGUCACUGUUUUUGAGAAACAAAGGUAUUUGUGCACAGUGAAGGUGAUGGAAGGCAUAGUGCUGCCCCUGGUCAUAUCCUUAGUUGUGGUGGCGAGCUUCCUGCGUCACGUGUACCAUUUGCCCGGCGUGACCCACUGGACGGAGAUAUACUUUCUCCAGACCAUAGCCGCUUCACUGCCCCUAUUGCAAAUCGUGUUCCCCAUAGCUUGGGUCACGCUUAACUGUUACGGAUUGGCGAGAUUCAAGCAAAUAGCAGAAACCCGCCAAAAAUACGUCCGUCCGAAGUCGUGUUCCAUAUCAGAGGACGCGAGCGACCCUCUGCUUCAGGCGCUGAGCGAAUCCAGUCUGAAACCGGAGAGCAUCAAGUCAUUAGCAAAGACAUUCUUCAACAUCUUGACUGGUAGAGAAGACAUGGUAUCUAGGACUGCUAACAUCGUACAUGUCCUGGGAUCUUUGUCUGCUCUAUCGUGUGUGGACAAAAAGGGGAUAUUAUCAUGGCCAAAUCCGACGCCGGAGAAAGUGUUUUUCCUUCGUAAUUCGGAUCCCACAUCGCACAACUCGAGCAAAACUAGUCUGGCCGGCUCCCUGGGUCAUCCCGGAGAUUCGGUACUGGAACAGCCAGAUAACAGGCACCACGAACCGUCUACUGUUGUUGAGGUGUUAGACCUGACCCACGACCAGAACGCGCCGUUCUGCGUGGAGUUCGACGACCAGCGCUGGCGGCGGCACCUGGCGCUGCUGAAGCCGCUGGGGCUGGCGGCGCUGCUCAACACGUGCGCGCCCGCACCCAGACACACGUAUGCGCACUUCUGCGCGCACCUCACCUGCGAAGCUCAGUUGAGUGAAGACUUAGUUCCGGUGACAAAUCGCCGUUGUCUCUGCGAGCUGGCCAAACAAAUAGGAUUCACAGAUUCCGUCGCUGACGCCUACAGCGUGCAGCACUGUUUGUCAAUAUUCAGACAUUUGCGCGCGGACACCAUCCGGCGCGAGACGCGUUUCGUGCGCUCACUGCAACUGAGCACUCGGGUCAAGGUUCCCCUGCCGCAUAUGCUCGCCGUUCUAGUCAAGGACCACGCUAAUCAAUUGCAAAUGCUCACUCAGGGUACCGCAGAUAUAGUGUUAGACUCGUGCGUAGAUUACUGGAACGGGCGGGACUUAACACCGAUAUCUGCUUCCGACCGAAAGAAGAUCAUAGAUUUUUACCAAAGAAACUCACUGACGGCCUAUUGUACCGCUUUCGCUUACAAGCCGGUGACGCGCGGCGUGUCGUCGCCCGUGGCGGACAUGUACCUGGAGGUGCCGGCGGAGGGGCGCGGGGGGCUGACGCCGCGCACGCAGCACUGGCCGGACGCGCCCGCACUGCACUUUCACUCAACUGAUUCCCUACUGUUCAAUGAAGUGACCGACGACGAUGUUGUUGACGCCGAUGGAUAUUUCGAUCUGCAAUGCAAUCAAGUGUUCAUAGGCAUGGUGACGAUGCAGUACCAGGCGCAGAGCGACAUGGUGGAGCUGAUAGAGCGGCUAGAGCGGGCCUGCAUACGCUUCGUCCACUUCAGCAAGGAGAACGAGCUCCGGUCGAGGGUGUUCAGCGAAAAGAUGGGCUUGGAGUCCGGCUGGAACUGUCACAUAUCGCUCAUGAGCGACACCGAAGCCAGCAAAAGCGCAUCGCCGCUGUCCUCGCAGAAUAUCGCGCAGCCAAAGGAACUUAACAACGGGAGGCGGCCCUCUAGGGGCUUCGAAACUUUUGACGCUCUCGGCUUUUGUCAUAGCAAUAGUAUGGCAACAUCGAAAGCGUUGUCUAUGUCGGCGCCGGGAGCGAUCAAUCUAGAUCACACUACCGUCAAAUUCGACAACGAGGUCAAGAAGGCGAGGCACUCCAUCACAACUGGAAUCAAGAUGCAGCGUGGCAGCAUAGCGACGACGCAUCCGUCGGCGGACUCUGCGCUGGACUCGCGCGAGGAGCCGGAGUCCCCGGUGGACGCGUGCCGCUCGCUGUCCUGCCUCACCGACUCCACCGACCACUCGGCGCAGCUCAACUUCGACAUGAGCAAUAGGGCUAAGUUGCCCCGAGGCAUCGAGAACAUCCGACCCCACAUCGAGCAAGUGGACAACGUUCCGCUCCUCGUCUCGCUGUUCACGGACUGCACCGCGCGCUCCGUCCAGCUCAUGAUACAGAUCAUGCAGGAUUACAGCGAGGUGGUUUGCGUGAUGGGCUCCGCGGCCAACUGUCUCAACAUGGAAAUCUUCAUGCAGGCCGACGCUAGCAUCGCGGUUGAGCCUCUAUAUCCGGUACUGUGCCAAAAGAUGCAACCGUACUUGAUUCCCGACUCCUGCAUCGGUCCCAUCGACCUAGCUAGAGCACUCAAUUCGGUCCCCUGUUCUUUGUCGAUGACGCGGGAAUCGGAUCUGUCACUGUUCACAUUAAUAACGACGUCGCGUCACUUCAUGACGUGCCUGUGGAACUGCACCCAGUUCUGGAUAUGUAGCGUUUGUUUCAUAGCCCUGUUACAGACAGGUUCCCUGUGCGGGUUCUUGCCGCUGGCGCUGAGCGUGGGUGGCGCGGCGUGGUGCGGGCUCGUGUCGGUGCCGCACGUGGCGGGCGCGCUCGCCCUUGCCCCCCCGCACCCCGCGCUCUCCCAGCGCGCCGCCACCAGGCCAGACCAUCAGCUGAACCUCAAGAUGGCGGUGUUCGUGUUCUGGUGCUACGCGUGCAAGUUCGUGCCGGCCGCCGUCUCCAUCCUCGUGCUGUACGGGCUGACGCUGCGCAGCUUCUGCGAGCAGAUCGCGGCCGCCACCAACGCGACGUCGUGCUGGAUCGUGUACCCGGUGAACGUGGGCGCGUUCCCGCCCAGCCACGACCUCACCGCGAGGAGCUGGCACGGCUGGGGCGACGACUUCUACGACGGAUUCUAUUUGACCCAACAUAUCGUGCUCGCUUUGAUAACUUUGCAUUUAAUUGUGAUCUCAUUAUCAUUCGUCCAUCGCUACUCGUCGAUAUGGCAACGUGGCUUCUGGACCAAUCGGGCGUGGACCAUCACUGUUGUCGUUCUACUGGUAGUCCAGUGCGCGUUCAGCGGCGUGAUGCUGAGCGGCACGUACGGGUCGUGCGCGCGCUGGUCGGUGUGCGCGCUGCGGUACCGCGUGCCGUGGCCGCUGCUGCUCGCGUACGCCGCCUCGCUGCUGCUCGUGCUCGCGCUCAACGAGCUCAUCAAGUGGCAGGAGAUCAAGGCAGACAAACGGAAUCAACGCCGCGCCCGUCUCGACUUCGGAACCAAACUGGGAAUGAAUUCUCCAUUCUAAACUCGACUGCUACGUCUAGUCAAUUAGCUUUAGUAGAGUAAGCUGUUUCCUAAUCAAGCCGAUACGAAUAGUUUUUAAGGAAUACUGACUGUGUACUUUAGUACCUAUUUUGUACUUAUUUUACUAGUUUACAUAACGAUGUUUUGACGAUUUUAAAUAAAUAUUUUGAAAUGAUGA